AUGUCAUGGCUAAAAAAGCAUAACCCCCAAAUAUCAUGGGAAAAACAUACACUUGUCUUUAAUUUGUUAUACUGUUCCAAUAAUUGCCUACCCGCACCUGCUGUUUUAGAACUCAAAGCAGUAGAAGAAAUCCCCACUCCCUACCAAGAAUUCUCUAGAGUCUUUUCAGAAGAGGAAUCAUCCAAAUUACCGCCUCAUCGUCCUUAUGAUAUUGCUAUCGAGUUGCUCCCUGACGCAAAACCCCGACAUGGCCCCAUUUAUAGCCUAGGUCCAAGGGAGGAUGCAGAACUCAAGGAAACUAUUGAAAAGCAACUCAAGGCCGGAUUGAUCCAACCCUCAAAGUCUCCUAUGGCUUCUCCAAUCUUAUUUGUCAAGAAAAAGAAUGGAAAGUUACGCAUGUGUGUGGACUACCGGCGCUUAAAUAGCAUGACCAAGAAGAAUGUGUACCCUUUACCUCUGCCACAGAAUCUUAUUGAGAAGUUACAAGGCGCCAAGAUCUUUAGUAAAUUUGAUCUUAAAGCAGGGUACAAUUUAGUCCGAAUCAAAGAAGGUGACGAAUGGAAAACAGCCUUCAAGACAAAAUACGGAUUAUUUGAGUACUUGGUCAUGCCUUUUGGGUUAACAAAUGCACCGGCGGUUUUUCAAGAUAUGAUGAAUGAAAUAUUCCGAGACCUUUUGGAUGUCUAUGUCAUUAUCUACCUGGACAACAUUUUAGUAUUCUCCUUGAAUGAAAAAGAUCACAAGGCCCAUGUGCAAGAAGUACUAAAGAGGCUACAGGACAAUGAUCUCUUCUGCAACAUCAAAAAAUGCCAUUUCCACGUCAAAAAAAUUGAUUACCUAGGGUUCAUCAUAUUGGAGUCUGGCAUAGAAGUUGAUCAGUCUAAAGUUACAGAUGCAAUGAAUUGGUCAACACCUAAGAAUGUCAAAAUAUCCAGGAAUUCUUAG